AUGAGAGGAGUGGGAAUAGGAGGGGAGGAGAAAGAGAAGGAGGGAGAGGAGGAGGGAGAGGGGGAGGAGGGGAAGGAGGAGGAGGAGAAAGAACGCACGUGGAUGCACGGCCCGCUGUAUCCGCAGCCCCCGCGUCCCGGGAGCAUCGCCCCCCGCAUCCCGCAGCGACGCGUUCUCGCUCUGACUCUUGUUCGGGCUCUCCUUGCUCGAGCUCUUCGUCCUCCUCUCCCUCUCCCGGUGUCCCGCUGUCCCAGUGUCCCUGUGCCGGUGUCCCAUUGCCGGUGUCCCUGUGCCAGUGUCCCACUCCCGCUGUCCCUGUCCCGUUCCCGGUCCCCCCUCCCCUUGCCGGCCCGGGCCAUGGCCCCGGCCGUUCCCCUGUGCCGGGCGGGGCCGCCCCGUCCCCGGCCCUGGGCGGCCCGGCGCGGUCUCGCCCUCGCCCGGCUCCCGGCGCGCCGGCUGUGGCGCUGCUGGGCGCUCCUGUGGGGCUGGCUGUGGGACGGGCUCGGCCUCGCCGCCCCUUGGCUCCGCCUGGCUCGAGCCCGGCGCCUGCCGGGGCCGGCGGGGGCCACGGGCGCCGCGGCCGCUGCCGCCUCCUCGGCGGCUUCCCCGGCCAGAGCUCCGCCGCUCGCCAGCCCGGCCGCCAGCAGCGAGCCGCCGCUGCCCGCUGCGGCUGGGGAAGCCCGGCCCGGGCCGCUUGAGGGGCGCUCGGGGGCCGUGCCGGGCCCCGGCCCCAACGCUGACGGCCACGUCUCGCCCGCACCGAAGGCCAAGGAGCCGCUGCACGAGCGCUACCGGCUGCAUUCGCUGCUGGGCAGCGGCGGCUUCGGCCGCGUCUACGCGGGGACCUGCCUGGCGGACGGAGCCCCGGUGAGUGCAGCAGGAGGAGGAGGAGGAGGAGGAGGAGGAGGGCGGGACGGGCGGCGAGCUCAACCCGCCCUUCCCCUCGGCUUGCAGGUGGCCAUCAAAGCCGUGUCCCGGGAUGGCAUCCGGCGCUGGGGCGAGCUGCCUGACGGCACCCGGGCCCCCCUGGAGAUCGUGCUGCUGGACAAGGUGUCCAAUGGCUUCCCUGGUGUCAUCCAGCUCCUGGAGUGGUUCGAGCUCCCCAACGGGUUCCUGUUGGUGAUGGAGCAUCCGGAGCCGUCUCAGGACCUCUCUCGCUUACUGAGGGCGUGGGGGUUCCUGCCGGAGGAGAUGGCGUGGGGGCUGUUCCGCCAGGUGCUGCAGGCCGUGCGGCACUGCACCAGCUGCGGCGUCCUGCACCGGGACAUCAAGCCCCAGAACAUCCUCCUCCACCUGGCCAGCGGCGAGGCCAAGCUCCUCGACUUUGGAUGUGGCACCUUCCUUAAGGACACGGUCUACACCCAGUUUGCAGGUGAGCCCACAGCCGGGGGAUGCUCCUGGUGCCGGGCAUCGCAUGGCCAUGCCCGGGUGUGGCAGUGGAGAUUGCCCCUUUGGCCGAGGGGGAACAGGAUUAGUUCUUCAGCCAAGUUGCUUUUGGAUGGGGCUGGGGGUUACUGUGAGACAGGCCCCGGCCUUGCCGACAGCCUGUGCCACCCACCCUGUCCCGGGCUGGGUCUGGGGCAGGGGGGAGCCAGCCUGACCAAAACCCCCGUGAGGGUAGCAGAGAAGGGGGUCAGAACUGUGCACCAGCUGGCUUGGUGUGCAGGAACACUGUCAUACAGCCCGCCAGAGUGGAUCUACCUCAAGCGCUACCACGGCAAGGAGGCGACCAUCUGGUCCCUGGGCAUCCUGCUCUACCAGAUGGUCUGCGGGAAGCACCCUUUCCGCAAAGGCCCCAACACCAUCUGGGCCCAGCUCCCGGAAGGAGAAGGGGCCUCUGCAGAAGCUGUGCCGGGUGGGCCUGCUGCUGGAGACAUCGAGGACGACGUCGAGGAUGACAAGCUCUCAGCUGACCUGGACGCCGGCGAGCUGAAGAGGAUGGCCUUUGAUUCUGGCCCCUUCCUCCAAGCCGUGCUCCACACGCCGUUUGCAGAUGAGUCCACACCCAGGGGGUGCUCCCGGACACGGGCAUUGCUCAGCCUGGCUGGGCACCGAAGGUUCCCCCUUUGCUGA